GCUACUGCUGUAUAAAGCCGUCGUCCAGGCAAAAUUCCGCCGGGUAAAAAACACAAGCAACAACGAGCAGCCCAAACUUCAACUAGCAUUCCCAGAGACCAUCCAUAUAUAAGUUGAGUCCAUUUUACCAAAUGUGGAUCCGUGUCCAUAAUGCGUUUUGUUCUAUCCACCGUUUUAGCCAGUCUGUUCGCCACUUGCCUUGCCGAUCAUAUUGUGGUCAAAUCACCGCAAAAUGCCACAACGCAAGCUUCAGGAUCUGAAAUGGCCAUUGCAUACACAGUCUCACCUGACGAGCGUGCCCAUAUUGGCUCUGUAACAGUAGAUAUUUUCGAUCACGAAGCUAAAAACGUCUUGUACCGAAACGUCAGCUAUGCCCAGUGGAGCGAUUGGCAUGAGCAUGGCGGUCGAGUCGCGGCCGCAUGGACACUUCCAGAGGAUAUCGAAGCGGGCUGGUAUUAUGUGAUAUACCAAGGCAUCACCGGUGGUCACUGCUCGACGAAUGGCAAACCUAUCUACCGAAUAUGUCCAGGAGUUGUUAUGAGCAGCAGCAUGAUUCAAGUAGAAUAGGAACAUUACAUAUAUCAUCUUCAUCUAUAGUAAAAUAUUUUGGCAUCCCU